AUGAUCCUUUGGUUUUUUCCUUAUCUUGGUGGAUAUGAGUAUGUGGUUCAUGAUUUGUUUUCUUUAGUAGCAGUAACCAUAUUCAAUGUUCAGCAAUAUAUUUCUGCCACAAAGACGAGGGACCAUAGAGCAAAAGAAAAAGGACAAAACCCUGAUGCUGAUAGCUUUUCUAUGUUUUCUGGAAGAGCUUUUACAUCAGAGAAGGACAUGGAAGAGUUGAAUACCUUGAAGGAACAAAUAGGAUACCUUCAGUUGAAAUUAAAGGAGAAAGAGGAACUUUUAAAGUCAGCAGAUGCAAAAUUGGAUGAAAUGAAACACCAGGUUUUAGAAAAAGGCGGUUCCCUUAAGUAUACUCAACAACAACUCUCUGAUGUUAAGAUAAGCAAACUGCCCUUGAAAAAAUAA